CUCAUCAAACAAUCCCCAACAAAACUUCAACUCCCAACACUACCAACAACCACAUCCUCACCAACAACAACUUUUGACCUCAUCGAAAUAUUGGAAGCACACAUCAUCCUGUAAUCGCAGAAGGACCGUUGGACUGACCAGUGAUCAGAAGGACAUGUGCCAGAAAAACCUUGACCUCAUGACCUCUGUCGUUCAAGCAGCCAAACAAACAAUUGAUGUCUGCCAAGAAAUUUUUUUUGAAAAAAGAUGGAAUUGUUCUACUAUACUGAAUGCCCCCAAGUUUUUGCCCGAUCUUACAGGAGGCAGUAGAGAACAAGCAUUCGUGUACAGUUUAGCAGCAGGGAGUUUGGCUCAGACGAUUGCGAAGGCCUGCAGUUCAGGUCUGACAUCGAAGUGUGGGUGCGCACAGAUCCCGACAGAACCAGCCCCUGGAAACUUCAGAUGGGGAGGGUGCGGGGACGAUGUGAAAUUCGGAGUGGCUUUCAGUCGCCAGUUUACCGAUCAGACAGAGUCGAGGAGAAAGAAGAGAUCGAAGGAUGUCCUGAUGAAUGUGCACAAUGCACACGUUGGAAGGAAGAUGUUGGCGGAUAGCAUAGCUCCGAUCUGCAAAUGCCACGGAGUUUCAGGAUCGUGCUCGGUAAAAACUUGUUUCAAGUCACUUCCGGCAUUGAAAGUGGUAGCAGUCAUGUUGCAGAACCGAUAUUCGGCGGCUGUGGAGAUGGGCGACAAUGCAGCCGGCAUUUCGGCACUUCAGACCACAGGCAGUAAGAAAUCGAGUCGAUCACUGAGCAAACGUGUAGCGAGUACCGACCGACUCGUGUUUUCAUCGAUUUCUCCUGAUUAUUGCUUACCGGAUCCUUCUCUGGGCUCGGUCGGAACUCAAGGAAGGGAGUGCGACAAAGAUAGCACGGGUUCGUCGGGCUGUCGAUCAAUGUGUUGUGGGCGUGGCUACGUCAGCGAGAUCGUCGUGCAGACGUUCAAAUGCAACUGCAAGUACUACUGGUGCUGCGAGGUCAAGUGUAAAGUUUGCCGGAAGUUAGUUGAGGUGCAUAAAUGUCGCUGACGAGGUCCUCAAGUUCUGCCGUUUUUUAUGUGUAGUCUGUGCGUGUAUGUGUGUAUGUGUGUACGUGCGGUAUGUGUACGUGCGUUUGUGUGCACGCACGUUUGUGUGAUAUUAUAUGAGUUUGUGUCUGUUUGGAUGUUGUCUUUGGACGUAUAUACAAUUUUUUUUCAGUGCACGUACAUGUGUGUGCGUGUAUCUUCUCGUGUGUGGAAGUGUGGCAACUUUGAAGGAAUGAAUGUUUGCGCUUGCUAGUUCGUGCAUAUAUCUAUAUGGGUAAAUGAAUGAGAUACUAUGAGAUGAACAGACUAGUUAUUUAUUGACUUACUUUCAAUUUUUGAACAAUUAAACGUGCAAUGUUGUAAAUUUAUACUUUAGCAUCGAGUGAGAAAGAGAAAGAGAGAGAUAACAAAACUAAUUUAUUACCGAUUACAAAUAACCCACAAUCCAAACAUAUAUAUUUAUUUACACACGCAUACAUCCAUAAAACACAUAAAUAUUCUUAUCUUCAUUUGUCACACACUUACACACAACGCAUACAAACACAUAUACGCACGCACAAUCAAAAAUCAGUUUAGAUUGAUUCUUAUUCUAGAUGUUUUUCUGUUUCGUUUCGUAUUAGUAUUAUAAUUUUUGAUCAUAAUAAAGAAAAUUUUUGUCAAAUAAUUGUU